GUUAAAAUUAAGUAAUUAAAAUGAUAGUCCGGAUAUUUACAUACAGUACAGUUUCAAGAUAAUGGAUGAUUCAAUUUCAUUAAAAAACGAUUCCGAAAAUUUUAACACAGAGUUUAAUUUAUUUUUCACACUCGAGAACUGUUCUUUUCCAAGCGCAGUUAAACACAAAAAUACUGUUAUCAAAUACACAAAACUGCCUAAUUUCGAAUCUGAAGAACUAUGGUCCCAUCGGAAUUCAUUACAUCCACGAUUUCGUCAAAUUGUUACCCUUGAGGAUCAACCAGUUUCAACAACGAGGUCACUAAAACAAAACUUAGUAACCCCUGUGAACAUGUCUAACAGUUAUACGAAACGGAAGAUUAAAAUUAUUAAUAUAGGAGAUGAGGAUGAAACGAAAAGUUUCUCAAAUAUUUCAAAAGAUGUCAGGAAGUCAGCUACUCCUAAAACAUCCAGCAGGUUUGUAGGAGCCGAUUGUGUUGAUCCAAAGUUAGUAAAACAAGACUUGCUGAGUACAGAUUCAAGAAUAAAGAGAACAAAAAAGUAUUCAGAAGAAUUGAGACAACAAUUAGCAAAAAAUAGAGAUUUAAGUAAAGGAAAUGAAUCAGUAAAAGUUAAUGUAAAUAAAAGCAAGCAGUUUGAUAAAAAAAAUAUAAAAAUUGACAAUGACAAAAAUAGCUUAAGUAAAAAUAUAAUUAUCUCUGUUGAAAAUGAAAAGGAAGCGCUUUCCAUUAAACAAUCUUUAUAUGAUGAAUUACAAAAAGGAAAUAAUCCAGAAAAUAAAAAUAAUUUGAAGAAAUUUCAACAGCAACAGAACAAAUUACAGCCAGCAAGUUCUGUAAAUAUAAUUAAAAAACAACCUACUAGCACACCAUACAUUGAGAAAAUACAAAAACCAUACAGAAAAGAUGAACUAUUGAUAGAUCAGACAGUUAAAGUUCGUGAAAAGAAUCCUUCUAAACAUGUAUCUGUAGAAACAGACCCACAACCAAUUCGGAUAGAUCAAAUUACACAAAUUGAUAGUAAUUUUGAUUCACUACUUGUGAGAAUGGAAGAUAAGAUUACAGAUACGGAUUUAAUCAAUGAAAAAUUUGAUAGUCUUUGUAUACCUGAUGUUACCCUAACAAAGGAAAUAAAAGAUUCCACUACAGAUGAGGUAGUAAAUUUAUAUAAUACGUCAUUACCGAAUCUCAAGACACCAAGCACUGAUAUUUUUGCAAUUAAAAGUGAUAAGAAUGUGAGUGAUUCAAACAUUAAAAGUUCAUCUUAUAUUAUUGGACGGGCAACUGUUACAUACACGAGAGAACAAAAAAUUGAUAUUCAUGUUGUUAAUAAUGAAGAGAUACACAAUAAUCUGUCUCCGACUUUGGCUUAUCCAUUGAAUGUUAUAUCACUUUAUAAAAAAGAAAUAAAAAACAAUCAAUCUGAUGAUUUGUUAGCGAAAUCAAAAAAGAAAAAUAAAUCCCGGUUGAAUUCUAAAUACAUAAAUGAUCUGAAAUUGGAUAAUAAGAGGAAUAUCUCUGUUAAUAAUAAAUUAAUGAAACCAUCUGACAUAAUAAGUACAAUAAGGCUUAAUAAUAGUUUGUUAAGUAGUGAUUUUAUUUGCGAACAGUUCCAAAAGGAACUCAACUUUAUUGAUUCAUUCUUUGAAUCUCUUAAUUAUUUAGAAAAAUUAUCUGAAAAGUACUUUAAUGAUAUAAACACAAGUUUGACAAGCAAUAAACAAUUUGAAGUGAAUGAUUCUGAUUAUUUGUGUGAUUUAACAAAGAUUGCAGAUAGUUCAAAUGUUGAUGAUAGUGAAACAAUGGCCUCAAAGAGUCUUUGUCAGCUUAAUUUACUCAUUCACAAUGAGCAAAGAAGAGCGAGAGAUUUCUUAUUUGUGUUGAAGAUGCAAGAAGAUGUUCUAAAAGAUUACAUCAAGUCUCAAAUGCUUUGGUUAGAAAAGAAGAAAAAGCAAGACAACAUAGAUAUAUCAGCUCUCAAGAAAAAGCAGCGUGGUGCAUUACUCAAAUUGCAGCACGAAUGUGGUGAAAUGCAAAGGAUGCGAAAAGCCUUACUGACACUAUCAGAGAAACGCAAGGUCGCGCUCAUGAAGACUAAGAAAAACAUUGAAAUGAAAUUGACAAACAAUGUUGAUGUGAAGCAAAUAAUUCUUGGUAAAAAAAAGUUAAAGCGGAACACUUCUUCAGAUCGUAGUUUGGCACCAUUGAAGUGUUUCGAUCUGUCCAGUAGUGGCUGUGAAGAUUCGACUACUUCUAAGGAACAGUCGGAAUGCGCAUGGUACACUACAUUGAUUGCUGACAACCAUCUUGAUGUGAAAAGUGUAACAAGUGCGGAAAAAAGUAUACAAACUGGUGACAGUAUCAUAGCAGCUGAAUUACCCGCACAAUUAAUUGCCACAACAGCUGAAAACUGUAUAGCUGUUGAUGGUGGCUAUUUAAAUAUUCUAUUUCAUAAUUUGUCACUUCCGCAAAUUUUCAGUAAUGGUAAACAAUACGAAGUUAAUGAGGAAGCUUUAAAAAACAUCGUCAAUUCUUCAAACUCACAUAAUAAUCUAUCAAAGGAUUCUGAAGCAUUUGAUAAGUUCAUGGAACAAAUAAAAAAUCCAGAUUCUGACGGAUCGAGUUCAGUCUCCACUGCUCAUAGUUUAGUUGAAGAAUUCAAUCAUUAUUACAAAUGUCUCGGUGAUGAAGAGAAGUCACUUGGAAAUUCACCCGAGUAUGAUAAUGAAAGUGUACAUAAUGAGUGUGAAGUGCAAUCUAGUAGUGAGCCAAAUAGUGAUGUUUGUGAUCAUAGCAGUGUAACAAUGAUAACAAUGGACAGUGAUGAAAGUUUGCUGAAGAGAUUAAGUAAUGUGUACGGACUUGAUAGUACAUACAAAUGUGAGCCGGCAAUGUUGUCUGUUGAGAUUCAAACAAAUAGCAAGGAGAUUGUUGGUGUGAGUGUUGCGGGGCCAUUACCAGUGCCGGCGGGUGCCGCUGCGCCAGUUGAUGACCCUCCUGAUACACCGGUUUGGUCCUCAAAUAUCUCCGUUGAGAAAGAAAGUGCCAGCAGUGAUCAAGUAUUUUCUUCAAACAUGACCUCCACAUCAGAAUAUGCGUCACCAGUUCUCUGUGAGGCUGAAGAGUUGAGAAGACAACAGCUAGCAAUUGAGAGAGAGAUAAAAGCUUUGGAACAGCAACAGUGUCAAUUGUUGGUCGUACGAGAAAUACCUGACAAGCCACCGCCACCCUACAUACCACCAAGCGAAGUCCGAAUGCCGAAACCGCCGAAAAUGUUCCUACCCGACAAUGUCUCUGAAGAUAAGAUACAAAAUUUUAUGGACACAAGAAAUGAAUUGCUGGACAUUAACGAUCCAUUCGAUGUGUUCUUCAAAGAUUUUUGCGAUGAAAGUGUUGAAAGACAACAUAUCGAGAGAAGUGAUAAACCAUGGGAUGCAUGCAAUUUGUUGCCACAAAAACCGCAACCGGAUACAAAGAAGAUAGUCAAUAAAACUUGUACAGAGAUGAAAGAAGUUCUGUCUGGUACAACUCCAUCUUUCGUGUCAGGUAUUAGUUCGAGACGUACAGAUCAUAUUGACGAUAUAUUGUUUGCGGAAUGGAGACGUUGCGAACCCGAGUGGACCUCACUUCAUACAGAAGAAGCUUCGGUCAAGAACCAACUGUUUGAGAGCAUUUUCAAUAAGCUUAUCAACGAAACAGUAGAUGAAUAUAAGAAAAUAGUUUGCACAGAUAGUAAAGAAAAGGAGUAGUUUUAUAGUUAACAGAGUCAAAUGAAUUCUAGUUGUUCAACAGUAAGAUUCACUGAUCUCUAUAAAUGGAUAGGCGAUUGCUUGGAAAUGAAUGCUUUUGCUUCCUUUUGAAUUAAACGCGCCUGUUGAUAUAUAUUAUUAGUUUGCAUCAAUAUCACCGCUACAAAUCGCUACCAUCAGCGCCAAAAUGGCGUUUAUCAAAUAAGCACAAAAUAAUAUGUCAUAUAGCCGUCUAUUUUUAGAUGUCAUUGGUCCGACUACAAAGUUGUAUCACUAAGAAGUAGAAUAUAAAUCGAUUGUCAAUCAACAAAUGGAUUGAGUCGUUUUGGCUACAAACAUACAAAUAGUUUAACAAGGAUAUCUGAACCGGUGAGUGAGGCGCCAGUAUCGCGGUUGGUUCUG